CCGCCCGGCGCGCGGCUGUCAUGGCGUCCGGGGCGCCCGUCGGGAGCGGCGCCGCUGAGGGGAUGGAGGAGGCGGCCGGGGGAGACGGCGCUGAGCCCGCGGGCACCGGCAGCCAGAGCGGCUCCUCCGGCUCCUCGCUGGCUGGGAGCUCCGAUGACCUUGAGCCUGAGUGGUUGGAUAGUGUGCAGAAAAAUGGAGAAUUAUUUUAUUUAGAAUUAAGUGAAAGUGAAGAAGAAGUUCUGCUUCAGAACAGCUGUCCAGAAAUGCCAGCAGUGAAUCAUGUCCGGUUUCGUGAAAACGAAGCUGAAAUUAUUCAAGAGGGAUCACGAAAGGAAAGAAAGUAUGAACUGAAGAAAUGGACCAAAAUGCUAAAAAGGAAAAGUCUUUUACCAAAGAGUUCUGGUAAGAAAGGCAGUGGAAGCUGUAGUGCGCACCCCUCUGGUCCUACUUCCAUAUUGAAACACCGGUCUGCUCAAAAAAUGGGUGUCACUGUUCAGCAGAGGUAUAAAGAUGUAUCUGUUUAUGUAAAUCCCAGAAAACUCUACAGUGCUGGGGAAGAAGAGCAGCAGAGGCUGCUGGAAGCAUUAGUAGGUAUUGUCCAUCAGUCUUCAUGGAGCAGCAGAAGAGUGGAAAAACAAGGCAGGAGGGAUAAAGCCACCAGAGGAGUCAGUGAAGAGAAGCUUGUGGUACAUGGCUUGGUGCCAGGUAGUUCUGCAAUGAAAACAGGUCAAAUCCUGAUUGGAGAUGUUCUUGUUGCUGUAAAUGAUGUCGAUGUGAAUUCUGAAAACAUAGAGAGGGUUUUGUCUUGCAUUCCGGGUCCUAUGCAGGUUAAAAUGACAUUUGAAACCUCAGUAUUUGAGCCUGAAGGAACUUCUGAGCAAAGGAACAAACAGUCAAGUAUGAACAACCUGGUUCGGCUCCUGUGGGGAGAGGACACUUUGGACCCUCAGCAGGCUGUGCAGGACGUGCCUCACAUUGUCAUGUUCCUCACGCUGAAACUGGACUCAGAGACAUCCAAGGAUGAGCAAGAAAUUAUUUAUCAGUACCCCAUAUCUGAAGCAUCCCAAAAACUGAAAAGUGUGAGAGGGAUAUUUCUCACACUGUCUGACAUACUGGAAAGUAUUACUGGUACCGAGAUUAUCAGUUCCUCCCUGUUCUUAUGUGAAAAACUGGUUCAAGUUGUUUACUGGAAAGAAUCGGAUAAGUUGCUCAUAAUUGGCCUUCCUGAAGAAAAUGUGCCACUUUAUCAGCUGAGGAACAUGAUUGAAAAUGUUGUCAGGACUUUAACAUUCAUGUACAGUUCCUUGGACAGUGCUUUUUGCCAGGUGGAAAAUGUUUCUCGCCUGGAUCAUUUUUUCAACCUGUUCUUCCAGCGUGCCCUCCGUCCCGCGGGGCUCCAGCCCAGCAGCAGCCCCGGUGCCCAGCAGCAGGAUCCCUGCAGCGCUCUGUUCCUGGGCGGCUUCCCUGGCCUGCGCUGGCUGACGCUGCCCCAGGAAGUCAAGAUGGAAAUUGACACAGCACUGAGUGAUCUGGAAGCAGCUGACUUUGCAGAGCUGUCUGAAGAUUAUUAUGACAUGAGAAGAUUAUAUGUGAUCCUGGGUUCUUGUCUCUUUUACAAGGGUUACUUGAUUGGUAAUCACUUGCCAAAGGAAGACCUUGUUGAUGUGGGUUUCUAUUGCCAGCACUACUGCCUGUUAGCCCUGGCAGCAGAGCAGAGGAUUGGGCAGUUAGUGAUCUGGCGGGAAGUGUUCCCACAGCAUCACCUCCAGCCGGGCGAGGAGUCGAGUUUGACAGGAUACAGGGAACCUGAAGCAAGAUAUUUCUUACUGAUAGUUGGCUUGAGACACUUUGUCCUGUGUGUCCUGCUGGAGGCAGGGGGCUGUGCAUCCAGAGCUAUUGGGAAUCCAGGACCAGACUGCAUCUAUGUAGACCAGGUCAAAGCAACCAUACUCCAGCUGGAAGGAAUAGACGCCAGCAUAGAGGAAAGGCUGGAUUCUCCCUCCAUCCCACCUUUAGCCUGUGCUGACUGGUUCCUUCCUGCAGCACGGGACAGACUGGAGAGCUUGAGCACCUCACCAAUGCUGAGCAAGCUCCAGAGCUCCUACAAAGCUGGGAGGACUCCAGGGAGCAAGAGGAGCUUCUUUGGGGACACUUCCCACACCCCACGGAAGCAGAGCCCCCCGAGGAGCAGCAGGGCAGCCGAGCAGGGCAGCGAGGGGCCUGUGGGGGAGGAGAGCACCAAAGCACAGCCUGUGCUGGAGCAGGCCACUAGGAAAAAACACACCCUGCCAAACCCAUUUCAUUCAGGAAGCCUGAAAAAGAACUCUUCAGAGAAAGAUACAGAACUUCUUAAUGCUAUCAAGUUGACAUCUGGUCCUGAGAACACACUCUUCCACUAUCUGUCUUUGGAGACAAUGCAAGGAAUCUUUAUUACUCCAACUCACAAGGAAGUAGCACAGCUCGGUGGCUCCAUCCACCCUCAGUUAAUUGAGAAUUUCUACCAGUGCUGCCUUUCAAUUCAUUCCAUUUUCCAGCAGUCCAUGAAGAAAGAGAAAAAGAAGAAGGCAGGCAGCGGGAUUUCAGAAUUCAGUAAGGCAGCUGAGGACCCAGGUCUGGUAAAAGAAUACGGACUUCUGUUUGAGUGCUCUCCGGAAAACUGGACUGACCAGAAGAAACCACCACCAACAAUGAACUACUGGGUUGUGGGGAGGUUCAUUCCCCAUCCCAAACCUCAGGAGUGUUACGUGUGUUUCCAUGACUCAGUGACAGAAGCUGCUGUGGAGCUGGCCUUUAAACUGUCCUUUGGCUUAGCUACAUAGAUGAGCUUCCUGCACACUCAGGCAUCCUGCAUGGUGGUGUUCAUUCUCUAAAGCAUCCCAUGGGGCAUCUCUGAAAUGCUUUUAAAAAAUCACCUUGUGUUAUGACGCAUUCAAAAUUUCAGUGGUGCUUCUGAUGAGCUCAUCAAUUGAAUGCUUGUUUUCAGAGAACCAAAGUUCGUAUUUUGAUAUAGUCACUCUUUUUUUUUUUUAUCCUGAUUAUAACUUUAUUAUAUGAAAACAUCACAUCACUGAACAUACAGUGCUGUUCAGUGUACAAUAUGCAACAUAAAAUGAUAAGCUGAUCCUCAGAGUAUGAACAUGGAAAUUGGUGGUGGAGGAAAAAAAGAGUUCUCCAGUUACUUAAAAUUUUGCAUCUCUGAGGGCCUGAAAAACGCUGAAUGUUUUCAGUAGCAUUGUGUUAAUCAAAACAGAGAGAAAUGUUUUAGACAAUUCCUGGCACUUAGCCUCACAAAACUAAUAGUUUACCACUUUUGCUCUCCUGCACACUCAAGGACUAUAGUGCUGUUGAUGUUUUAUUUGACUCCGUGAGUUUUAACUAUAAAUAAUACUUAAAUUUGUUAAAAUGCAAUUUUGAAGACAUAAAGAAAGAAGGGGCGGGUAGGGUGGUUUUAAUAUGUGCAUGGACAUGGCUUAUUUUUAAUUCAUAAUAAAAAUGUAUAUUUGUUAAAGAACA